AUGAGCCUCGACGAACAAGAGUCAAUGCAGUGGACUGCUCCAGCAAAUUUUCUACUCGGCUCCAUGAUCCAAAAUGCUGCUGGUUACCAUGCGCCUAAUCCGUUCCCACCUAGCACUGGAGACCUUUACCACUACGCCGAGAACGGCAUGUCAUACAACGACAACUUCAAUAUCACAUACCCACCACAAUAUUCUAGCUCAAGCUGUCCACGAUCGUACACCGGCAUCGACCUCACCGGCCUUCCUAACGACAUCGAUAUGACGGACUCAUACCCACCAACUGCAUACCACAUCGAGCCACCAAAACAUCAUGAUGCCAUGGACCUGUCAGAUCAUGAAAUCAGCGAUCAGCUCAUGCAGCUGAGCAACGACUAUGAUCAUCACCAAUAUGGCUCUCACGUAAAGGCCGAAGAUCUUAAUGACUACCAGAGCCCAUACUCUGACCUGACUCGAGUUUCUACCCCCCAUGAUGAUUCCUCUCUACACCCGCAUGACCUUAUUGCAGGUGAAGGUGGCAUUAUCGAUAAAGAGCAACCGUAUGCCCAACUGAUCUACCAGGCGCUGCUCAAUGCGCCGAAUAAGACGAUGAUACUGCGUGAUAUCUACGAAUGGUUCAAGAACAACACCGACAAAGCCAGUGCCUCGGAAACAAAAGGAUGGCAGAACAGUAUCAGGCACAAUCUAUCAAUGAACGGGGCCUUUGAGAAAGUUGACCAACCAGGCGAAGAAUCCCGCAAAGGUUUCAUGUGGCGUCUUACCGAUGAGGCGAUUCGCGAAGGUGUCAAGUCAACGACACGCUACCGCAGUAAGCAGCCCAACAAACGUGGUCACCGUACCCAACAACCGCAGCCGCAGCGCCAGGCCUCGGGGGCUAAAGGUGGUCAAGCUGCUCGUCGUUCAGCAAGGAUGAAGCGCUCGGGCCGCAUGCAGGAUACAUAUCGCAACGAUCAAUACAUCUCACGUUCCGUGCCCGCAGCAUUCGAUCCGUCCUACCACGGUCCAGACUCCUCGAUAUCCUACCCACCUUCUCCGUACUACGGAAGCGAAGUGGACUUUGGCUACGCCUCCAGAAAUGACGACUUUGGUAGCGUCCCUGUACUCGGACAUGCUCAUCUUAAUCUCUUUUCGCCAGCAAGGUCGUACACAGGGAGUCCUAUAUCGCAAGGCAUGCCAAUCACGGACACAGCUUAUGUACUUGAUCAGAGUCCGACUGAGAGCCUGUUUACAAACAGCCCUAGUCCUAGCACUGACGAGCCGCAAACACCUGUGGACCAAGGCUGGCAGGAAGAUGUAGGAAUGGGUCCGCCGUGUGUGUUUGAUGAUCAGCAUGGUUACCGACCAUAUGCCGGUUGA